AUGAGUAAGUUCUGCACGUCUGAUAGUAAAACAUUUGGCAGAAGACUUUGCCAACUCUCUCUCUCUCUCUCUCUCUCUCUCUCUCUCUCUCUCUCUCUCUCUCUCUCUCUCACACACACACACACACACACACACACACACACAGACAUAAAAUUGCUGUGUGGCGCCAACGACUUGACUAGCAAUAUUUAUCAGACGCGUCUUUUCGUUCAACAAUUAGCUACACUCACUUUCUUAUUCUUUGUUUCUUUUAGACACUCUCUACACUUUUUUUCUUCUCUGUUUUUUAUCUCCCCCUCUCUCUCCUGUACCUCUCACUCUAUCGCUCUUCUGUUUACUAACGCGUUUUCUUCUCUCUCCUUGUUUCGUUUGUGUCUCUCUCUCUCUCUUUCCUUGUUUGUUUGUGUCUCUCUCUCUCUCUCCUUGUUCUGUUUGUGUCUCUCUCUCUCUCUCCUUGUUUCGUUUGUUCUCUCUCUCUCUCUCUCCUUGUUCUGUUUGUCUCUCUCUCUCUCUCCUUGUUUUGUUUUGUCUCUCUCUCUCUCUCUCCUUGUUUCGUUUGUGUCUCUCUCUCUCUCUCUCUCUCCUUUCGUUUGUGUUUCUCUCUCUCUCUCUCUCCUUGUUUCGUUUGUCUCUCUCUCUCUCUCCUUGUUUCGUUUGUGUCUCUCUCUCUCUCCUUGUUUCGUUUGUGUCUCUCUCUCUCUCUGUUUGUUUGUUUGUCUCUCUCUCUCUCCCUUGUUUCGUUUGUGUCUCUCUCUCUCCUCCUUUUCGUUUGUGUCUCUCUCUCUCUCUCCUUGUUUCUGUUUGUGUCUCUCUCUCUCUCUCUCCUUGUUUCGUUUGUGUCUCUCUCUCUCUCUCUCCUUGUUUCGUUUGUGUCUCUCUCUCUCUCUCUCCUUGUUUCGUUUGUGUCUCUCUCUCUCUCUCUCCUUGUUUCGUUUGUGUCUCUCUCUCUCUCUCCUUGUUUCUCUUUUGUUUCGUUUGUGUCUCUCUCUCUCUCUCUCCUUGUUUCGUUUUGUGUUCUCUCUCUCUCUCCUUGUUUGUGUCUCUCUCUCUCUCCUUGUUUCUGUUGUCUCUCUCUCUCUCUCUCUCCUUGUUUUUGUUUGUGUCUCUCUCUCUCUCCUUGUUUCGUUUGUGUCUCUCUCUCUCUCUCCUUGUUUCGUUUGUGUCUCUCUCUCUCUCUCCUUGUUUCGUUUGUGUCUCUCUCUCUCUCUCCUUGUUUCGUUUGUCUCUCUCUCUCUCCUUGUUUCGUUUGUGUCUCUCUCUCUCUCUCUCCUUGUUUGUUUGUCUCUCUCUCUCUCUCUCCUUUCUGUUUGUGUGUCUCUCUCUCUCUCUCCUUGUUUGUGUUUUGUGUCUCUCUCUCUCUCUCUCCGUUUGUUUGUGUCUCUCUCUCUCUCUCCUUGUUUGUUUGUGUCUCUCUCUCUCUCCUUGUUUCGUUUGUGUCUCUCUCUCUCUCUCCUUGUUUCGUUUGUGUCUCUCUCUCUCUCGUUUGUUUCGUUUGUGUCUCUCUCUCUCUCUUGUUUCUGUUUGUGUCUCUCUCUCUCUCUCCUUGUUUGUUUGUGUCUCUCUCUCUCUCCUUGUUUCUUGUCUCUCUCUCUGUGUGUGUGUCUCUCUCUCUCUCUCUCGUUUGUGUGUCUCUCUCUCUCUCUCUGUUUGUGUGUCUCUCUCUCUCUCUCUCGUUUGUGUGUGUGUCUCUCUCUCUCUCUCGUUUUGUUUGUGUGUGUCUCUCUCUCUCUCUCUCUCUCUCUACUUGUUUCGUUUGUGUCUCUCUCUCGUUUGUGUGUGUCUCUCUCCUUCUUUCGUUUGUUUCUCUCUCUCUCUCUCUCUCUACUUGUUUCGUUUGUCUCUCUCUCUCUCUCUCUCUCUACUUGUUUCGUUUGUGUGUGUCUCUCUUUCUCCUCUCUCUCCUUGUUUCGUUUUUUUUUUCUCCUCUCUCUAUCUUACUCCUUGUUUCAUUUUUUUUUGUCUCUGUCCUUGUUAUAUAUUCAAUAA